CGUGACUAAACUCUAUGCCUGCUGCAUAUGGCAGUAUCAGCUACCGCUUUCGGAUAUAUUUGGGAAUGGAAUGAUCUCAACGAUUCUGUUUAUUCGUGGAAGCCAUACAGCAAAGAAUUUCAGCCUGCCUUGGAGGUGGCGCAUGUUUCUAGAAUGACGGCAACCAUCACAGUUGAUUCGGUCAGCUAUUUGGUACACGUGAAUCGAAAUCCAAUGGUUCAACUCAAUACCAAGACGAAAUACAGACGGCGAGUCAGGCGCCGCCUUGGCACAUUCAACCAUGAACAAAUAAAGGAUCAGUGGCAAUGGGUGAACGAUGACCAUCGAUGGGCUGACUAUCCUGCAGACAUUAACCAACUUCUUGUGGAUGCCAAAUUGAAGCAGCAGAGUACAGUGGUUUUUAUGGUUGGUGCAGACACAUCGUUGCGAAAGUACAUUGUUGAUUUAAAAGACAAAGUGCAAGUCAAUCCAAAGACAAAGUGUGGGAGACGAGUACGGUGCGUUUUAGUUUAUCGAAAAGAUGCUAUAUGGCAGUGGAAGGAUGAUAAUGGUUCAUUUCACGUGUAUAAUGAAGAGUGUCAAGAUCUUAUAGAAGAUGCUUUUAAAAGUGGGAAAGCAACUGUGGAGUUUACAAUUUGCAAGAAGCAGUAUAUUGUUGAUGUUGUGGCUAUGACUCAAACUAGAAAGGGAUUUGAAACAAAAAGAUCAAUCAUAAGAAAAACACACACAUUGUCUGCAUAUGGAGCUGUGAGCAAUACAAUGGUGCAAACAGAACUGGGUUUGUCCUUUCAUUCCCCUCUAUCAGAAAGUGGUGAAAUUUCUAGCUGUGAUUCUGGUGUACUGAAGAUUUUAAAGGAACUGAACUUAGAAGAAUAUGCACCUGUGUUUGCAAGAGAGCAAAUUCAAUCGACUGACUUUGUUCAACUGAGUGAUGGUGAUUUUGAGAAACUUGGUAUUCGACUUGGCCAUCGCAAAAGGUUGCUGUCUGCAGCUAAGAAAAUGGCAAUUCCAGGAGUUCCAUUAUCACCAGUAGAAGAAGAUGUAGUGCCCAACGAGUUUUAUUGUCCUAUCACUAUGGAGAUGAUGAGUGACCCUGUUGUUGCGGGUGAUGGAUUCUCGUAUGAGAGGGACGCAAUUAGCUCAUGGCUGCGACAUAAGCAAGUCAGCCCUAUGACAAAUGAGCCACUCAAGAGCAAAGAAAUUGUGCCGAACAAACAGUUGAAGAAACUCAUUGACGAUUGUAAAUGUAAGCAUGGAAUAUAUAAACAAUGUUGAUUCCGUAAUUAGCAGUGCUAAGUUGAUUAAGUAAUACCCUCAAAUGAUAGCCACUUUGAUUUUGAAUGAAGUAACUGUUUUCUGUUGUAUAAUCUACAAGGCUGACAAGUUACAACAUGUUAUCUGCUAUUAA